AUGGUCGAGAGCAAUGGGUCCGGUGCUGGUUCAUCCACCGAAGUUCUGAGAAUGCUCGAAACAUUGGCGAAGCGGGUAGACUCGACCGAGAAGAGGGUGGAAACAUAUAACUCUCGGGUGGACCAAAUCCCGGGGGCUCCGCCUAUUCUGAAAGGACCGGAUUCGAAGAGGUAUAUUCAGAGGCCUUUUCCUCCGAGUGCAGCUCCGAAAUUAAUCCCGAAGAGGUUCAAAAUGCCGGAUAUCCAGAAAUAUGACGGCACAACGGACCCUCAGGAACACGUGACUUCAUACACUUGUGUCAUAAAAGGCAAUGAUGUUGAAGAGGAUGAAAUUGAAUCCGUGUUGUUGAAAAAAUUUGGGAAAACUCUGUCAAAGGGAGCAUUGACUUGGUAUGACCAUCUGCCCGAGCAUUCAAUCACUUCCUUCGAAAUGCUCGCCGAUGCGUUCAUAAAAGCUCAUGCCGGUGCCAAAAAGGUGCAAGCCCGUAAGGCGGAUAUUUUCUGCAUAGCCCAAAGGGAUGAUGAGUUAUUGCAUGAAUUUGUCAACCGAUUCCAGAGGGAACGAAUGGAGCUCCCUCCGGUUCCGGAGGAAUGGGCUGCACAAGCUUUCACCAAAGGGCUCAAUCCUCGGAGCUCGACGGCCUCAUUCAAACUAAAGGAAAACUUGCUGGAAUACGAGGCUGUGUGCGAAAACGCGUUGGUCCGUAUUGCAGCCCAGAAGCAAAUAAUGGAAAGAUACUACAACCGGAGGACUAAUUUUCGACAUUUCCAAGUUGGGGACUUGGUGCUUUGGAAAGUUACCUUGAACACCAAGAAUCCCAACGAAGGAAAACUGGGUCUGAAUUGGGAAGGACCGUACAAGAUAAUCGAGGUAACGGGCAAAGGAUCGUAUCAGCUGGAAUCCAUGGACGGGCAACGAUUGCGCAAUAACUGGAAUGUGGCUCAUUUGAAGAGAUACUACUGCUAAGGUAUGGGCACCUCGUGUUUAUCUAUUAACCUUUUUCUUUUUUGCAGGAAGUCAAGUACCGGAUAAAGUUAGGAUCUAGGUCUGAAAACACGAGUUGCACUCUUUUCCUUAGUACGAUUUUGUCCCAAAAUGGGUUUUCCGACAAGGUUUUUAAUGAGGCAACAAGUACAACGUGUUACUUGACAAAGACAAGGACAAACGCCCGGAAACUCGAGGGCACACCCUACGAGUGGGGACUUGAUAGCGCUUACCCGAUCUUGCAACUCGGAUAAGCACUAGGGGACUAUUGUACCCACAUCGAGGUUUACCCCGGUUAGUGAAAAAAUGGAGGAGCUCAAAAAACCAAAACCGGACCUUCUGUAUUAGGUUUCGAUGUAAGGACCAAACGAUCAGAAUGAAUCGUGUCCACUUAGUAUUUGCUACGGCAAAAUUAAAACCGGACCUUCUAUAUUAGGUUUCGAUGUAAGGACCAAACGAUCAGAGUGAAUCGUGUCCAUUUAGUAUUUGUUGCGGCAAAAAAUAGAAGGAAACGGGAAAAAUCCUCAUAUCAUGUACAUACAAAUACUUGCAAUACAAAGAUUAUCGAAAGUUCGGAUUACUGUAUUUCGGAUAUGUCUUCUUGUUAAAACACCCUACCCCGGUGAUCACCGCCGUAUUUCGGCAUCGCUUCAUUCAUAUACACUAUUCCGGGCACUACGGUCGAAAUUCGACAAAGGCAAUAAGGUCCCUAUGAACCGAGCCAAAAUCGUUAACACCCUCUAAUGGGGACUGCUACGUUAAAAUUCGCCAAGACUGGGAUUCAGGUGCCCAAACCUAAUCUAUGACAAGUGAAUAGACCAAAAAUACCGGCCCUAAAAAAUGCCUAACGUGAUUCGGAGACGUCUGAAUUCACAAAGCAUUAGAUAAGUCCCACGGGCAAAAAACACGAUCAAAUUCCCGGACAAAACGUACCGGACGAAGAGAAAAGCCAAUAUUCAGGCAUAGUCCGAAAUAGUGACUCUGAAUCUCUUCUUGUCCUUGAAACGGACCGACAAUUCGAGCAAAAGUCAUAGCAAGCAUUCAAGCAAAAGAAUAAAGAAAAUCAAGAAAAAUGCAUGUUCCAUUUAUACAAGGUUUUUUACACCGGAAACUCCUACGAAGCCUAAAAACAAAAUAAAGGCUAAAUACAGGCCCUGGUCUAUCCGGUGUAGCUGGAUCCGGAGUGUUCGGACACUGUCCGCUCGGAAUCUUCGGAGUCAGUAUCGAGGGCUCUCUUAGCUUCUUCCUCGACCCUUUUAGCUUCGAGUAUCAGGGCCGGGAGAUCCGCAAAGCCAUGCUCGGCUUGCUCAAGUGUGACCCUCCGAGACUUCCACCGUUCAUACUCCACCGCAAUCGUGGUAUGAGCUUCGUGUUAUACUCCGUAUUUUUAUACGACGGAUUAUUCGUAAGUUAAUCAACAUAAAUCCAAGGACAAGAUUAUUUUUGGAUAGGAGACAAGGACUUUUAAUUCCUAUUUUAAUAAUUGCACGGUUUGCUAAUUAAUUACAAUUAGUGGAAAUAUUAGUGGAGAUUUGGGAAUAAUUUACCAUGAUUGGAUUAUUAAGUGGGGAUUAGUGACUAAUGGAGAUUAAUUAAGUUAAUUAGACCACUAAGUAGGCCCCACAACAUGUGGCUAAAUUUGAUUUGGUACAUGGAUGAUAAUGGGACACAUGUCAAUCCAAGGGGAGACAUAUAAAUUCAUGAAAUAUGAGUCAUAUAUCUCAUUUUUCAGAUUUAACAAAGUGUAUUUUAGUGAGAGAAGCUCUCAACUUAAAGAGAGAGAAGUUCACGGCGGCGCCACUGUUCACGGGCACUAUUCACGGCGGCACUGUUCACGGCCAGCCCAUUUUUGCCCCCUUCUACACAAUUAAUUGGAGAGAUUUGAAGAUCAAGAGGAGGAAAAAGAUGGAGAUCAUGGUAGCCAUGGCAACUCACGGCCAUGGCUUUCUUGAAGACAUUACAUGGUGAAAAUUAGAGCUUGUCUCUAAGGUAAGAUUUAAUUCUUUUCUACAUGUUUUGGAGGUAGUUUAGACUUGUAUAGCUUGGUAGAUGUGUGUUGAAUACAAAAGGGUUAUGUAUGUUGAUGUUGAAUUAUAAAUUGAGCCGUGUAAGGGGGGUGUUUUGAGUAAGAAUGAUGAAUUGAUUUUAGUAGCAUUAUGUAGGAAUUAAAUGGUUAAAUUUAAAGUUGUGUUGUUUUAUGGACAUGUUGUUAUCCUUGCUGAAUUGAAAGGAUUGAGGGUAUGAUUAUGUUCAUAUGAUUAUUGUUGUUGUUAUCAUGGAUUAUGUGAUGAGAAUGAAGGAAUUUAAUGGUUAGAGUUGGAGUUAAAUUUGUUGUGGGUUGUUGUAGGGAUUAUAAUGAUAAUAAUGUGGUUUACUUGCAUAUGGAUAGAUGAUGUAGUUGUGGUGUAGCUGCUGUAGUAUUUCAUUAAAUUUGCUGAAAAGAUUGCAUGAAAUAAGGUAUAAGAAGUGUAUAUGGGCUGCUUGGUGUAUUAUAAGUGUUCGUUAGAAUUUCGGGCAUCGUUAUGUUAUAGUUGGGGGCUGUUUUGAUAUGUUGUUGUUCUUGUUGGAAUAAAAUAAUUGAAGAUAUGGUUGUGUCCAUAUGUUAUUGUUGGUAUUUCUGUGUCAACAUGAGAGCAAUUGGAAAUUCAGAUAGGCGAAUAUAUAGGGGAAAUGCUGCCGAAAUUUCUGUAGACAAGUACUAGCUUAGGAUUGAAUUCCUAAGUACUUGUAGCUAACGUUGAUAUUUAAUUAUGUUAUUGUAGAUCUUGGGGAGCCCGAUACUUGAGUUGAGAUUAGCUUAGGAAGCGAUCGAGGUAUGUAGAGCCUACCUUUCUUUCUUUUGGCAUGACCCUUAUGGAACGAACAAAUAACGUAUAUGUAUGAUUCGAAAGAAAAUUCUAUUCUUAGCGCCACUAGGAUGGCCGAUGUCUUUGAUUUCCAUAAGUAUUCCAUAUGGUUUGAUAUGUAUAUAUGAUGUUCGAAGAUUCUAGUCGGUAUAUUUCCGAAUGUCGUUCGAAAGAAAAUCAAUAUGACUUAAGUCUUUGAUAGAUAUUUUGAUACGUACAUAUGGUACUAAAGUUUCUAUUUGGUUUGAUCCAUAAGGAUAUUUGAAAGUUACCGAAUAUGGUUGUUACUUAAAUUUCCGAGUAUGGCUUAUGAAAUGUUGUUCAGAAGGUUCUGUACUUCAAAAGCUCGUAACUUUCUUAUACUAAUUCCGAUUGACCCGAAUCUUAUUCUUGAGCUUUCAGAGGUUGGUAAAUAUAUUUCUCCAUCGAGUUUUGAAAUUCAUUUAUGUAAUUAUAUGCAUAUGGUUUCCUCACUACUCCGCUCGUGCAUACUACUAUGAUAUCGUUCGCCGGAUCCCGGGCCGGUUUUGUCUUCGUGCGCACUAUGUUAUAUUCGGCAGUAUGAUGUGUUACGGUUUCCGAGACCCUCGCCAUAGGGCCGGAUACCGCUUAUAUAUGGAGUUAUGAUGUGUUAUGGCAUACGAUGUUCUAUGAUGUUGUGAUAUGUUAUGACGAUACGAUUUGUUCGGGAUUGUACGGAGAUUUGAAACCUUCUGGAGUAUGAUGUGUUGUGGCGCUAGCGUCGGAGUGGCGACCACGUUCCUGAGCCCUAUGCAUGAUUUUUAUUUGCAUUAUUUAUGUUUUCAGCACAGGUUUUGAUAUACUAAUUCUGUAUCCAUUUUCCAUACUUCUCACUUCAGUUAUGAUUUGGAUUACUGUAUUUCAUGCUUUACAUACUCAGUACAUAUUUCGUACUGACCCCCUUUCUUCGGGGGCUGCGUUUCAUGGCCGCAAGUGCAGACGUUCGUUCUGGCGACCUGCCAGUGUAGGAUCCCUAUUCUGCUAUUUUGGUGUACUCCUUUGAUCCGGAGCCCAUAUUUUUGGUACAUACCUUUUGUUGUCCAUGUUUCUGUAUAUAUGACUAUUUGGGGUACGGCGGGGCCCUGUCCCGUCAUAUGUUUCUGUUGUGGUUUGUAGAGACCUGUAGACAUAUAUGUGGGUCAUGGGUCGUGUUUGUUCGGUUAUGUCUGUGACUUGUGCCUUAAGCGGUCCCGUUUGCUCUUAUGGCCGAAACGACCCAUAUGUAUGUAUAUGUAUGUAUAUUCGGGCGAUGUGUAUUCCGCCAGCCUGCCGGCUUUUGUAUGAUAUUUCUGUUACAGGUGACCGCUUAAGACGACGUCUGUUCUCAGUAUUUGUGCAAAAUAACGUAUGUUAAAUAUGAAUAAGUCUUUGAUAUGUCGAUUUGGUAAGUGAAUAAGUAUGGGCGUCCAGUUAGGGCACUAGUCACGGCCCACGGGGUUGGGUCGUGACACUUCGGCAACCUCCACACUCCUAAGGGCUUCUGCCAAAUCGGCCUCAGCCUGGGCUAGCUUGGCCACCAGUUCAUCCCGCUCUUCAUCGAAGACCCUUUGGAUUUGAGUGGCCGACUCGAGCUCGGCUUUGAGAAGGUCAUUAGCCUCGGCCGUCUCCUCGAGUUCGGUUUUCAGCUCGUCACAUAUCCGGGCCCUGUCCUCGGCUUUUUGCUCGAACACCCUCAUCCUCUCCUUGUACUUGGCACUCUCAGAUUCAAGCAGCCGAUGCUUUUCGGCCAUGCUUACGGCAUCGGACUUGACCGAGUCAAGCUCCCCCCGGAGUUGAGAGAUAGUGGUUUCGAGCUCACCAAGCCUUGAGAAAAAACGAGUGUUUUCCUGGCUAAGGUGGACCUUGUCCGCUUCUAGAAGCCGGUUCUUCUCGACCAUCUUGGCCAACUCAUUCUUUAAUCGAAGGUUUUCGGCCUUCGCCGCGUCGAGCUCGGGUUGAAGGUUGGAAAGAGUAACUGCUCGGUUCAAUUCAUCCUCCUUCACUCGCAAAAGGUGCUGGAACUUCUCCGUUUCUCGACCUUGGGCAUCCAGCUGUCCCUUGAGAUCGUCAACUUCUUGCUGAGCGCGGACGAAGGCUUCGUUAACAAGCACCACACUCUGUAAAAGAAACAAGUUAAAACUCGAAUAAACGAGAAACUAAAAUUCUCAAUGAAUUAUGCAAGGAUGGCUGAUAAACUUACUCGAUUGCCCGCGUGCAUGCCCUCGUUAAUGAGACACUGCCAGGGGACUCCGUUCAUCUUCCGUUUGUCCAAGUCCGAGACGAGCGGCCUCAGGUAGCUUGCUACUCCCACCGGACGAGACAAAAAGCUGCAGUCCUUGGGGACAGUGAUUACGGCCGAUCUGGUCCUCCUAGGUUCCACACUUGAGGCCGGGAAGAUACGCACCAGGCUAUCCCUAGCACCAGUCUUGGUGGUCCGGCUAGCCGCCCUCGUGACUCGAGGGAUUGGGAGAUGUCCAAAACCGGCAGCUUCCCCGGUAGCAGGAGGAGUAUCCGAGAACAUGUCAUCAAAAUUAUCCGACCUUAAAGCUGGAGUUGGAGAACUCGGGCUGGCCUCAGCAACCUCGGUAGAGGCAGGGAUCUCGGAAGUUGCAGCAGUCUCAUAGCCGGGCAGUGGGCCCACAUCCACUGGAACUUCGGUCUCGGGGACCGGCUCAGCCCUCGGAUCGGUCUCGGGUGCACGCCCGAACCUUCUGGUCCUUUGCAGGGGGGUUUCCUCAGAUGAACCAUCACCUGAAAUAUCAACAAAUUCAAUCGACCUUAGAGGAGUCGGGUAAUGAAUUUCUUCCCCACCUGUGUGCAAGGCCGGAGCUGACGGUCCUUCCCCGGCUGAAGGAAGUGAUGGAAUGGUGGUACCCUCCUCUGGAAUAGAAGCAAUGGGAGGGGUCACACCGAUCCUCCGAACGAGGAACUCGGGCUCUGUUUCAUCUCUUAGAGUCCGAACGACGCUCCUCGCCCUCUUCUUCGGUUUCUGCCCUUUGUCAGAGGGCUUUUUUCUCUUGUUGGCAGCAGCAAUGAUACGGGAUGUACCCGCUGAAUCGAACUCGGGUGCUGACGCAGCGGGUUCGGCCACUGGCUCCGGUCUUGGGUUCACCGAGCCCUUGGGUAAACCUGAGUGCCGAAGAUGUUACAAAAGGGAAAGGUAGAAAAUGCAAUGAAUACCGAUAGAAGCAAAGUAUUACCGUGGUUGUGAGCGACCCAUCGGCCACGUGACAGGAGUCCCCAUGUCCGUGCUUCGUGGGUGUGUUGGCUAAGAAGAGCACUAACCCAUUCGUUGAUGUUUCGGACAACCGGAGGUAUCCACGCCACGGCUGGUAUAAAGAAGGGGACAAAUAGUGAAUGUGAAAGGACUAGUGUUUGACAAAGCAGUCAAAAGCAAUUAUUAAAAGAACUGAGACUUACGAUUAUCAUUCCACCUCUCCGGAAAGAGCAUGUAGUUGGUCGGAAUAAUGUCCGCGGUCCUCACCCGGACGUAACGCUCCAGCCAACCGCGGUCUCUAUCUUCAUCCAUCUUCGAAAAGAUUGGGUUCCUGCUUCGCUUAGCGAGCUUUAUUACACCCCCGGAACAACCUCGGGGAGUAUAACCGGAUGAAGUGAGCCAGCGUGAACUCCUUUUUCAAGUUAUUGGCCAACAAUCGGAGGCAGGCCACGGUCCUCCACACAAUCGGACCAAUCUGGGCCAGGGUUACAUUGUAAGUCCGGCACAUAUCUAGAAUAACCGAGUCGAUCGGGGGGUCGAGCUUGAGUGUGAAAGGGUAGGUGUAAACGUAUAAGAAGCCCUCCCGGUGGCCGGUGAUUGAUUCAUCAGGUCCGGGGGCAAAAACUUGUACCGGACGGUUAUCCCAUCCGCAAUCAGCCCGGACUAGAUCAAGUUUGUCCUCGGUAAUGGACGAGGGGUACCGUCUUACAUCAAACCCUUUAUCGGAAAUCAGAGAAGGUUUCUCAACCUCAAAAUCCUUGUUAUAGUUGGGUUUGGACGGCACAAUGUCCAAAGCAGUGGGGUCAAAGGCGAUUUUUCCCUUGGGUUGAGAAGUUGGCUCGGUUCCUUGAGAAGAAACCGAGGGAACAUCGUAGGAGGUGGUUUCGGUGUUAGCAAACAUUUGGAAGUUAUGGAAAAGGAGAUUUGGCGAAUUCAAAAAGGAAGUUAAAAAAUAGGAGUGAGGGAGCAGUCAAGAAAAAAUUCAAAAUGGUAAGAGUAAGAAGAAAAAGCAGCAGCACUCUCUAAACAAAAACAGCUAAUGAAGAAGUUGGCGGAGCUGGUUUCCUUUCACGCAAUAUAAGCGAUGGAUCAAAGGGGAUAAAAUGGUUGAAUCAGCAAGAAAUAUGAGAUGGAGGAUGAUUAGAAGUGAUGAAAUGAAGAGAAAAUAAAAUGGAGAAGUGAAGAAAUAAAAUGGAGGAGAAAUGAAGUGAAAACGUGAAAUGGAAAAAUGAAGAGGUGGAAGGCAUUAUAUAGGUAUGGGGAUCGAGGCGGUUACAGAUCCCGGCCAACCGGGGAAUGCCACGUGUCCCUCAUUCAUUAUUUAAUUCAUACAUUUAGUGUAAACCAUCGAUUAUUAUUCGCUUGCUUAUAGCAUAUCCAUAUUCAUUUUCUUCCAAUCAAAUAGAUUAAAGCUCAUCCACAUAUCCUAUACCUCAUUUACAAAUUCUCCUAAAUUCGGGGUAAACACCUUGCAUAUAUCUCUAGAGCAAGAAACGCCACAGAGAAGAGAAAAAGGGGGAAAAACGAAGAAGCAUUCUCUGUUUCCUAAUAUUUUACAUCUAUUAAUCUUAGUGCAUGAGUUCUGGGGUGUGUUUUGCUAAAAGUAAAGCAUUUACCAGUUUCUAGUUAUCAUCGUAUAGCUGUGUACUUGAGCUUUGAGUACAACUUUUGUCUUGAUUUAUUUCAAUUCUAGUGUUCAAAUAUAUGUAAAAUAGUCCAUUCUGGGAGCUUUGGUGAAUGCAUUGUGUGGGGAAAUGGGAUCUGUAAAUGAGUUUUAUUCAGUUGAAGAGUUCAAUUUGGAGUGCAAGUGGUUGAUUGAUCCAAAGCAUCUCUUUGUUGGUCCAAAGAUUGGAGAAGGUGCCCAUGCCAAAGUCUAUGAGGGAAAAUACAAAAACCAGAAUGUAGCGAUAAAGAUCCUUCAUAAAGGGGAGACACAGGAGGAGAUUUUAGUAGAGAGGUUGCGAUGUUAUCCAGAGUUCAACACAAGAACUUAGUGAAGUUCAUCGGAGCUUGCAAGGAGCCUAUCAUGGUCAUUGUAACUGAACUUCUUCUAGGUGGAACAUUAAGGAAGUACUUGCUGAAAAUGAGGCCAAGGUGCUUCGAUAUGCAUGUUGCUAUUGGAUAAGCCCUUGAUAUAGCUCGUGGAAUGGAGUGUUUGCACUCUCAUGGAAUCAUCCAUCGUGACCUAAAACCUGAAAACUUGCUCCUGACAGCAGACCACAAAACCAUCAAACUUGCUGAUUUUGGUUUGGCAAGAGAAGAGUCAUUGACAGAGAUGAUGACAGCUGAAACUGGAACAUAUUGCUGGAUGGCUCCAGAGCUCUACAGCACAGUCACUUUAAGGCAAGGAGAGAAGAAGCAUUAUAACCACAAAGUGGACUCCUAUAGCUUUGCAAUUGUCUUAUGGGAGCUCAUACAUAACAAAUUACCAUUCGAAGGCAUGUCUAACUGCAGGCUGCCUAUGCUGCUGCAUUUAAGAAUACCAGGCCAAGAGCCGAUGAUCUUCCUCAGGAUGUGGCCUUAAUAGUGACUUCCUGUUGGAAAGAGGAUCCAAAUGCUCGUCCCAACUUCACUCAGAUAAUACAGAUGCUUCAACAUUAUCUUUCGACAAUUUUGCCCACAAAGCCUGUGCUACCACUCAGGAUUUUCACUUCAGACACUGCUGUCUUGCCACCCGAGUCUCCCGGUACAAGAGCUUUAAUGGCUAAGCGUGAUGACUCAACUGAGACCCCUACAACACCCUUGGAGAACACACCAAGUGGUAUCUUCUUCUGUUUUAACCGAUGUUACUGAUCCCAAAGGGAAAAUUGUUAACUGUCCGGAAGCUAGUGAUCAAAACAACAACUAUGCCUCAACCCCAACCUAGUUAGGGUCAACUAUAUGAAUCUUCACCGACUAUGUCACUCUUUAAGCUCAUUUCCAGAAGCUAUUGAUCCCAAACACAAAAUUGGUAACUACCAUCUUUUAGGGAGAUUUAGCUAGCUUCUCUUUUUGUCUAUUUCCUUUCUCCCCCCUCACAGAAAGGUCAAAUUAAUAGAGAAUCAGUUGUUGUGGUAAUUACUCGACCAUGUAAUCUGAAAGUGAAGGUGUUGCAGAAAGGUGCAUGACUGAGGAGCAUUUGGAUGCUGGAGUUGGGUUGCUGUGAUGUGUAUUAUAGUUGUAAAAUAUAAGGUCCAUCCAAAGGCCUUUACUCCAACCUACUGCUAUACUUCUAUUGACUUGGUGACUUUUUGGUGCAUUAUCCAUUUGUUUAACAGAGAUGUUGAUAACUUCCGGAUGAGCGCUCACGCUUGUUGGAGUGCUACAAAAGGUCGUGGAAACCAAAUUUUAAAGCCAAACAAGCCAAAGGAAGAGGGAGAGGAAAGCUGCUCCAAUUCGUGGUCAAGAGACGUCUCCAUGUUAGAGUUCGUGGAGACGGACAGAACAGGACAGCAGCAUUGAGGCCAUUGAAGAACAUCUCCACGAUUAGACUUCGUGGAGACGAAGUUGAAAAGAAGAGGAAGUCAUCUCCACGAUUCCCUUUCAUGGAGAUGAAAUUUUCACCCCAUUUUUGGCUAUUUCGGCCUAGCUGUACUUUUGUAGCAAUCCAAGGAUUUGAUAUCGGCUUGGAAACCCUCCUUAACGUGAGCUCUAACCUCCAACAGUACAACUACGCCUUAAUUUCAAGCAAAUUGGGUUGAUUAUAUGAA